AUGAGGAAGAGAGCAGCGUUGUGGCUGGUGCUAUGGCUGGCUAUGUCGGUGGGGACUUGGGGUGAGGAUCAGAACGCCGAAAACAAUGAUUCAUGGACUGGCUGGGCCCGUGACAAACUCACAGAGGGAGUUGGACUCAAAGGUGGGGAAGCAGGCUCUAAGUCCUCUGAAAGAGCGAACAAAGCAGCCUUCGUUCAAAAGUUUUUAGAAGGAGCUAUAUACUCCCUUGAAAAACAUCAAACAGCCAAAGCUGAAGAGCUGAUGAAAGGAGCUAUGGAGUAUCUUUAUCAUGAUAACACAAUAAAGGAUAAAGCAGCCAAACUUGAGGAGUUCAUGAAAGAAGCUAUCAAGUAUCUUGAGCAAGAUAUGGUAGAAAAAGCAGAAAACGUGGUGAAAGGGGCUGCGCGGUAUCUUAAAGGCGAUGACAAAGACAAUGAUGAAGAGAAAAGGAAAAGAGCGAAAUAUCUUGAAAAGGAUGAAAAGGAGAAAGUAGCAGCAGGAGUAAAUAAAGCAACCCUUGUUGAUUCGUUUCUGGAAGGAGCUUUAGCCUAUCUUGAACAACACCAAGUUGCGAAAGCUAUAGAUAUUAUGCAGGGAAUUGUACUGUAUGUUGCUCAAUCUGACGAAAUAAAAGAUAAAGCAGCCACUGCUGAAGAGAUGAUCCAAGGAGCUUUGACGUAUCUUCAAGAGGACAAACUAGAGAAAGGUACGGAGAUGAUCCGUGAAGCUGCGAAGUAUCUUGAAAACGACGAGGAUUACAAAGCAGCAAUUGGCAAGGGGAAAGGAGCGAAGUAUCUUGAAAAAGGUAAUGCAGAAAAAGGAAUAUUAAAAGCACAUUUUGUUGAAGAGGUUCUAAAGGGAGCUAUGUCCUAUCUCCAAGAAAAUCAUUUGGUCAAAGCUAAAGACGUUAUUCAAGGAGUGCAACAGUUUAUUGCUCAGGAUAAUACAUUAAAAGAUAAACGUGCCACAGCUGAACAAUUGCUCAAUGGAGCUUUUGGCUAUCUUGAACAAGAGAAAUCAGGGAAAGCGCAAAAAAUAAUCCAAGAAGCCAUUGAGUAUCUUCAAAACGACGAGGAUGUCAAAGAAGCAAAUAAAGUCUUUAAAGAAGCAGAAGCUAAGGAAGCUAAGUUGAGAGGAGUGAAGUAUCUUGAAAAAGAUGAAAAGGAGAAAGUAGCAGCCGGAGUAAAUAAAGCAACCCUUGUUGAUUCGUUUCUGGAAGGAGCUUUAGCCUAUCUUGAACAACACCAAGUGGCGAAAGCUAUAGAUAUUAUGCAGGGAAUUGUGCUGUAUGUUGCUCAAUCUGACGAAAUAAAAGAUAAAGCAGCCGUUGCUGAAGAGAUGAUCCAAGGAGCUUUGACGUAUCUUCAAGAGGACAAACUAGAGAAAGGUACGGAGAUGAUCCGUGAAGCUGCGAAGUGUCUUGAAAACGACGAGGAUUACAAAGCAGCAAUUGGCAAGGGGAAAGGAGCGAAGUAUCUUGAAAAAGGUAAUGCAGAAAAAGGAAUAUUAAAAGCACAUUUUGUUGAAGAGGUUCUAAAGGGAGCUAUGUCCUAUCUCCAAGAAAAUCAUUUGGUCAAAGCUAAAGACGUUAUUCAAGGAGUGCAACAGUUUAUUGCUCAGGAUAAUACAUUAAAAGAUAAACGUGCCACAGCUGAACAAUUGCUCAAUGGAGCUUUUGGCUAUCUUGAACAAGAGAAAUCAGGGAAAGCGCAAAAAAUAAUCCAAGAAGCCAUUGAGUAUCUUCAAAACGACGAGGAUGUCAAAGAAGCAAAUAAAGUCUUUAAAGAAGCAGAAGCUAAGGAAGCUAAGUUGAGAGGAGUGAAGUAUCUUGAAAAAGAUGAAAAGGAGAAAGGAAUUGUGUUGUAUGUUGCUCAAUCUGACGAAAUAAAAGAUAAAGCAGCCGCUGCUGAAGAGAUGAUCCAAGGAGCUUUGACGUAUCUUCAAGAGGACAAACUAGAGAAAGGUACGGAGAUGAUCCGUGAAGCUGCGAAGUGUCUUGAAAACGACGAGGAUUACAAAGCAGCAAUUGGCAAGGGGAAGGGAGCGAAGUAUCUUGAAAAAGGUAAUGCAGAAAAAGGAAUAUUAAAAGCACAUUUUGUUGAAGAGGUUCUAAAGGGAGCUAUGUCCUAUCUUCAAGCAAAUCAUUUGGUCAAAGCUAAAGACGUUAUUCAAGGAGUGCAACAGUUUAUUGCUCAGGAUAAUACAUUAAAAGAUAAACGUGCCACAGCUGAACAAUUGCUCAAUGGAGCUUUUGGCUAUCUUGAACAAGAGAAAUCAGGGAAAGCGCAAAAAAUAAUCCAAGAAGCCAUAGAGUAUCUUCAAACGACGAGGAUGUCAAAGAAGCAAAUAAAGUCUUUAAAGAAGCAGAAGCUAAGGAAGCUAAGUUGA